AUGCCAUUAUCCGAGAGAAUCGGUGCAGAAGGUCUUAUUGGCUUGGACGCUUUGGCUCAAAUGCGCUGCCGAAGAAGGGUGAUGAUGGCAUUUUCGAUCCCUACAACAAUGAGAAGGUUCCAGCAAUCAGUGUCCACAGAGCUGUGGCCAUUCCAGAAAUUGCCGGUUACAAGUCGUGGGAAAGAUUUCGCCAUACUGGAAAGAAUGCGGUCAGACCAACUGAGACUGCCAAGCUGGACGAGGUUCUCGAGGCCAAUAAGAAUAGCGGUGCCAGCGCAUUUGUGGAGGUGGUUGAGCCCGGACAGUGUGGACCAUCAAGAAGCACACGAAGGUCUACUCGUAGCAGUCGAUCGGUGGCAUCUUUGCGGACAGCCAUCUCUGAAGCAGUAG